AUGGGGUGCUGCCCAGGGGACUGCUUCGGCUGCUGCCCUCAAGAACAAGACUGCUGUGAAGUGUGCUGCUGCCAGCCGGCCUGCUGUGGCUGCUGCGGGUCCUGCUGCGGCUGCGGCUCUGGCUGUGGAGGCUGCGGGAGCGGCUGCUGCGGGUCUGGCUGCUGCGGAUCUGGCUGCGGGAGCUGCUGCGGCUCUGGCUGCUGUGGCCCCUCGGGGUGCUGCGGCCCUGUUUGCUGCCAGCCCACGCCUGUCUGCGACACGAAGUGA